AUGGCGGGCACCCCCCGGACCCUCACCCUCCUCCUCCUCCUCCUCCUCUUCCUCUUCCUCACCGCCCGCUCCCCCCUGGCAGCAGAAGAAGUGGUUCUGUUGGACUUCGCCAAGGCACAGGGGGAGCUGGGGUGGCUGACCCAGCCCUACAGCAAAGGGUGGGAUCUGCUGCAGAACAUGCUGAACGACUCCCAGAUCUACAUCUACUCGGUGUGCAACGUGCUGGAGGGGGAGCAGGAGAAUUGGCUCCGCACCAACUGGAUCUACCGGGGGGUGGCCCAACGCAUCUUCAUCGAGCUCCAGUUCACCGUCCGUGACUGCAACAGCUUCCCCACGGCCGGGGGAGGCUCCUGCAAGGAAACCUUCAACCUCUACUACGCCGAAUCCGACGUGGAUUACGGCACCAACUUUCAGAAGAGGCAGUUCAGGAAGAUCGACACCAUCGCCCCCGACGAGAUCACCCUCCAGGAGGACUUCGCCUCCCGCAACGUCAAACUCAACCUGGAGGUCAGAUCCGUCGGGCCCCUGCGCCGCAAAGGUUUUUAUUUGGCUUUCCAGGAUCUGGGAGCCUGCGUGGCCCUUCUCUCCGUCCGGAUCUACUACAAGAGGUGUCCCGGGGUGGUGAGGGGCUUGGCCCGGUUCCCCUCCACGGUGGCCGGGGGGGACUCGCAGGGCUUGGCCGAGGUGCGGGGCAGCUGCGUGGAGGAGGCGGUGGUGGCCCAGGAGGAGCCCAUCCUACACUGCAAUGCUGAGGGCGAGUGGCUGGUGCUGAUCGGGGAGUGUCUGUGCAGGGAGGGACACCAGAGAGUGGGGGACAGCUGCCAAGCCUGUCCCCCUGGUUCCUUCAAGGCCGGGGUGUCCCCGGGGGGCUGCCUGCCCUGCCCCCCCCACACCCUGCCUGCCCCCCCUGCCUCUGCUGCCUGUCCCUGCCAGGACGGUUUCUUCCGAGCCCCUGAGGAUCCCCCCGGUGACCCCUGCACCCGUCCCCCCUCGCCCCCCCAGGGUGUGACAGCCGUGGGGAUGGGGGCAGCGGUGCAGCUGCGUUGGUCACCGCCUGCGGACACAGGUGGGCGUCAGGAUGUCACCUACAGUGUCACCUGCCAGCAGUGUGGCCCUGAGGGUGGGGACUGCCGUCCCUGCGACGGGGGGGUCCGAUACUCCCUGCCCCCCCGGGGGCUGACGGGGACAGGGGUGACUGUGACCGACCUGGAGCCACACGUCAACUACACCUUCAGCGUGGAGGCACACAACGGGGUGUCACCCUACAGCCACCACCCCAGCCUGGCCACCACCAGCAUCAGUGUCAACCAGACAGAGCCCCCCCAGGUGACAUCAGUGAGCCUGGAUGGACGGACAGCCACCAGCUUGGCCCUCUCCUGGACUGUGCCACCACGGCAGCAGAGUCGGGUCUGGAAAUACGAGGUCACCUACAGCAAGAAGGUGGAUGAGAACAGUUACUCCGUGCUGCGCUGUGAGGCCACCUCUGUCACCAUCCCCAAGUUGUCCCCUGCCACCGCCUACGUGGUGCGUGUCCAGGCGCUCACCUCCGAUGGCCAAGGAGCCUUCAGCCCCCAGCAUGAGUUUGAGACCCUGCCCGAGGGGGCUGAGGCCAUGGCAUCCACCGCUGUCAUCGGCGGCUCCAUCGCUGGGGUCUUCUUCGUUGUCGUCCUCUUGGCCGCUCUCCUCUACGUCCUCCGGCGGAGGAGGAGGUCACGCCCGCGCCAGUCAGCCGAGGACGUUUACUUCUCCAAGUCAGACCAGCUGAAGCCCUUAAAGACCUACGUGGACCCACACACCUACGAAGACCCCAACCAAGCCAUGCUCAAGUUCACCACGGAGAUCCCUCCAUCCUCCAUCACCCGGCAGAAGGUCAUCGGCGCCGGAGAAUUUGGGGAGGUCUACAAGGGGACCCUGAAGCGUGGGAAGAAGGAGGUGCCAGUGGCCAUCAAGACCUUGAAGGUUGGCUACACGGAGAAGCAGCGCGUGGACUUCUUGAGCGAAGCCACCAUCAUGGGGCAGUUCUGUCACCACAACAUCAUCCGCCUGGAAGGGGUCGUCUCCAAGUACAAACCCUUCAUGAUCAUCACGGAAUACAUGGAGAAUGGGGCACUGGAUAAAUUCCUGCGGGAAAAAGAAGGAGAAUUUGGUGUCAUCCAGCUGGUGGGAAUGCUGAGGGGCAUUGCUGCUGGCAUGAAGUACUUGGCCAACAUGAAUUAUGUCCAUCGGGACCUGGCAGCACGGAACAUCUUGGUGAACAGCAACCUGGUGUGCAAAGUGUCCGAUUUUGGGCUCUCCAGGGUGUUGGAAGAUGACCCUGAAGCCACCUACACCACCAGCGGUGGGAAGAUCCCCAUCCGCUGGACGGCACCGGAAGCCAUCUCCUACCGCAAGUUCACCUCUGCCAGCGACGUCUGGAGCUACGGGAUCGUCAUGUGGGAGGUGAUGUCCUUCGGGGAGAGACCCUACUGGGAGCUCUCCAACCACGAGGUGAUGAAAGCCAUCAACGAGGGAUUUCGCCUCCCUGCCCCCCUGGAUUGUCCCUCUGCCAUUUACCAGCUGAUGAUGCAGUGCUGGCAGCAGGACCGCAGCCGGCGCCCCAAGUUCGCCGACAUCGUCAGCAUCCUGGACAAGCUGGCCCGGGCCCCCGAGGCUCUGAAGAGUUUGGCAGAAUUUGACCCCCGGGUGUCCAUCCGCCUGCCCAGCACUGCCGGAGAGGGGGUUCCGUUCCGCUCGGUACCGGAGUGGUUGGAAUCCAUCCGGAUGCCGCAGUACACGGAGCACUUCCUGGCCUCGGGCUACAGCACCAUCGAGAAGGUCCUGCAGAUGACGAGCGAGGACCUCCGGAGGGUUGGGGUGCGGCUGCCGGGCCACCAGAAGCGCAUUGCCUACAGCCUGCUGGGGCUGCAGGGACAGGCAGCGGGGGGGAGCCCCCUCUGACCCCCCCAGCACCCCAAAAAUAC